ACAAAGCGACGGCUUCCGGGCGCAUCGUCAACAGCUCGCAGCUGAUUCUCCGUUUAAGGACUUUAAAACGGUUGUUUACGUUUUUAAAAACGUAUCGACGUCACGGCAUCUUUCGCCUCGGUCACGGAAGCACCCCCCCGUGGGUCCCACCGCUGACAUUCUCCCCGGCUUUCCGCUCACGUGAAGCGGCUCCGCGAUGGACGAGCUGCCCCAGCUUCCGCCCGAAGUCUGGGUCUACGUGUUCAGCUACCUGUGCACGGAGGAGAAGCACACGGUGCGCGCGUGCUGCCGGCAGCUGAAGAGGCUGGUGGACCACCCGGCCCUGUGGCGAGACUACACGGUGGUGCUGUCCGACCUGCGCCGCUACACCUACGGCUUCUGGGACACGCUGACGCACCGCAGGCUCACGCGGGUGGCGGUGCGCCACCUGCGGCGCAAAGAGUGGCGGCGCCUCGUGAAGUUCCUGCCGGCCCUCACCGCCGUGGUGUUCGUGGACGGGGGCCGCAUCUACAAGGAGAAGUACCUGGACAUCCUGGCCCGGUUCCCCGACCUGAGGGACCUCGGGGUGCGGAACGCCACCUGGGACGAGCCCAUGCUCGGGUGGAACCUGUGCACGCAGCUGCGCGAGCGGCUGACGCACCUGAGCGCGUGCAACGUGCGUCUGCCGUGCACGGUGGAGUUCAUCGACGCCGUGUCGUACCUGGUGAACCUGCGGUACCUGCUGUUCCACCAGCAAGGGGAGGGCUACGGGCUGGACACCGUGCGGCCGGUGCCCUGCUACGUGUUCCACAACAUGCUGCUGAGCCUGAAGAAGCUGAAGCACCUGUCCUGGGGGAUGAGGGGGGAGCCGCCGGAGCCGCUGCCCGACGACUACGUCAGCCCGCCGGACCCGGAGCAUCCAGGAUCGCCCCGGUAUGGCGGCCCGGCGCUGACCAGCCUGGAGCUGGUUGAUUACCCAGAAACCCUCCUGCCCGUGCACGCCCUGAGGAGCCUCACCUCGCUGAGGUCGCUGACCGUCCGCUACAGGUACAUCCGAGAGGGCAUCGAGUGCCGCCUCACGUCCUGGCUGAGUCCCCUCCAGCAGCUGGAGACCCUCACCAUCAUCGGCGGUAACUCUCUGGCCGUCUACACGACCACCAUCCCGUCCAGCGUGAGCCGGCUGACGCUGCGCGUGGCCAUCACCCUGAAGGACAUGGACUCCAUCGCUCCGAAGGUCCCGGCGCUCGAGCACCUCGACAUCGAGCAGAACCGCUCCAGCGGCAGCCUCUGCAGACGGAUCCCCAUGCUGUUCCCUCAGCUCAGGACGCUCCGGAUACGGUUCUUCCGCAGGGAACCGGAGAAAGACCUGCUCAGCCUCCACCGGCUGCGCCACCUGGUGCAGCUGGAGCUGCUGGUGGAGCGCUCCUUCAUCCUGAGGGACUACCUGAACGGGCACCCGUGGCCCAGCCCGUGUGUCCAGGAGCUCAUCAACCAGCUGCGGGAGCUGUCGGAGAACCGGAUCACCGUCAUCACCACCAUGCGCCAGAGGAACCCGCUGAGAGACUGUGACUGCGUCUGGGAGGGCGACUGACGGGGGAGGGGGGGGUCGACUUCUAUUCCUCCUGAAGAAGAAGAAGAAGAAGAAGAAGAAGAAGAAGAAGAAGAAGAAGAAGAAGACAGAGCCGGUGAUUAGGAGGUGGAAAUAAUAAAAGGUGUGAAGAGAAACUUCAGACUUUAAAAUCAUGGAUCCUAUAAUAAAAGAUCCUGAACAUGACCGUUCUAGAGCGACGGCCGCCAUCUUUCUGCAUGGAAACCCUUUGAAAAUGGUUCCAGGUUCCAGGUUCCAGGUUCCAGGUUCCAGGUUCCAGGUUCCAGGUUCCACACGAGUUGUGAGAGAAAUGAAUCGUGAAGGAGGCGACUCGGCUCUGACUGUGAAUCCUGAGUCGAAGCCUCCAAUCGAGUGAGAGUUGAGUUUCAAGUAACAAAAAGUGUGUUUUUAAAAACCUUCUGAGGUGAAAACGACGGCAGGAACGUUUUCUCUUCUCUUUGCUCAAGUUGGAACGACGAUUAACGUUAACAUAAUAAUAAUAAUAAUUACACAGAAUUAGCCAUAAACGCAGUAGGUGAACAUGCAGGACGUUUAAAGUUUGCAAUAACCACGGAAUCAAUUAGAAAUAUUAUUAUAAUUAUUAUUAUUAUAUAAGGCCGACUCGCAUGAAGAUUCUAAUAUUCUUAAAUAAAACAGUAACAUUUAUGUGAGUUUAUUAUUAUUAUUAUCAUUAUUAUGAUUUAACAUUAUGUAACAUGGAUAGAUGGAGUACUUUAUUAAUCCCAGAAGGAAAUUGUACAAUAAUGAUUAACAAUUAUUGGACUAACAAACCCUGAACGGACAUAAUGUUAAAAACAUUUAAAUCCCGUUAUCGCCAUAGAUUAACACAAUUAAUUAAAUAACAUUUAUUUUUAAAAAUCCUGUCCAUUAAGGGCUUCCGUAGUUAAAUAAUUAUUUGUAUUAUUAAUCUACAAAAAUUGUUCUCGAUUAAUCACAAAUUAAUUCACUUUAUUAUCAAGCUGAGAAUAUUGUGGUUUGAGAAGCCGCAACGAGACGUUUGUGAGGAAUCUUUCCUCUUGAAAGAAAAGAGAGUUCAGUAUUAACUGCAGAGACAUUAGAAUUAUUGUUAUUCAUACGCUGGUUAUAAGUCCUGUAAAUGCACAGCGCACUAUGUUAUAGAUGGUGAAUGAAAAAUGCUGUUUUCAGGCACUUUGGUUGUUUAUUUAUUUAUUUAUCUCUCAGCUGGAGCAGAUUUAGUGACUUUAGUCCCAGAACUCAACAAUAACUGGACCCCAACUUGAGCUCCUUGUUCCAUUUGCCGUUAACCGUCUUCAUAAUUAAUAUUCUGUUCCGGUGUGUAGUUACACGCACAGGAAGGAGCGGUUUCAGAUGGCAGUUAUAUUAUUAUUAUUAUUAUUAUUAUUAUUAUUAUUAUUAUUAAAGGCCUGAACGUCAGAAGGAGAAUGUGGAUGAAUGUAUGCAGAACUAAAUAAAAAUCUAUAAUGUAAAAACAUUUAUU